AGAGGGUCGCUCCUCUGGACCCGCCCCCUCAUCGCCGCCUGCGUUGUUGCCGGAAAUCAAGAUGGCGGCCUUCACCGCCCAGACGGACCUGGUCACCGGAUGGUGCCUCUUCGGCCUCGCGUUGCUGGUUAUCUUAGCUUUCUGCUGGGUUUAUGUUCGCAAGUACCAGAGCAGGCGGGAAAGUGAAGUAAUUUCCACUAUAACAUCUAUUUUUGCUUUGGCAAUUGCACUUAUUACAUCGGCACUCUUACCUGUGGAUAUUUUUCUGGUUUCUUAUGUGAAGAACCAAAAUGGGACCUUUAAGGAUUGGGCUGAUGCAAACGUUACAAGACAGAUUGAAGACACAGUACUUUAUGCAUAUUACACACUGUAUUCCAUCAUACUGUUCUGUGUAUUCUUAUGGAUACCCUUUGUCUACUUCUACUAUGAAGAGAAAGAAGAAGAUGAUGGCAGCACAUGUUCACAUGUUCAAACUGCAUUGAAAUACACACUAGGAUUCCUUCUGGUUUGUACUGCUCUUCUGAUAAUUGGAGCCUUUGUUCCACUUAAUAUUCCUGACAAGAAGAAUUCAACAGAAUGGGAGAAAGUGAAGCUUCUGUUUGAAGAGCUUGGAAGCAGUCGUGGUUUGGCAGCCCUAUCGUUCUCUAUAAGUUCUUUGACCCUUAUUGGAAUGAUGGCAGCUAUUACUUAUACAGCUUAUGGCAUGUCAGCUUUGCCUCUGAACCUAAUAAAGGGGACAAGAAAUGCUAGUUAUGAACGUUUGGAAAACACUGAGGAUAUUGAGGAGGUGGAACAAAAUAUACAAAGAAUUAAAUCCAAGUGCAAAGAUGGCCGUCCCUUGCCAAUUCGGGAUAGGCGCACAUUGCAGCAACUAGAAGAUAAGCUAAGAACCCUCCGAAGAAGAGGACGACGUCUAGAAUAUGUUGAGAAGAGCUGUUGGACGAAGUUCUGUGGAGCCAUGCGGCCAAUAAAGAUUGCAUGGGGAGUAUUCUUCAUCCUUGUGGCUCUGCUUUUCACAAUUUCUCUCUUCUUGUCAAACCUGGAUAAGGCACUGCAUUCAGCUGGGAUAGAUUCUGGAUUUGUAAUCCUGGGAACUAAUUUAACCAACCCACUAAAUAUGCUGCUACCUGUUCUGCAAACUGUGUUCCCUCUUGAUUAUAUUCUCAUAACUACAAUCAUCAUGUACUUCAUAUUCACUUCAAUGGCAGGAAUUCGAAAUAUGGGAAUAUGGUUCUUCUGGAUAAGGCUGUACAAGAUCAGACGGGGGAGGACUCGACCUCAGGCACUUCUCUUUCUGUGUAUGAUACUUCUGUUGAUUGUUCUUCACACCAACUACAUGAUCUACAGUUUGGCCCCUCAGUAUGUUAUGUAUGGGAGCCAAAAGUAUCUAAUUCAGAACAAUGUGACAGUUGAUGGACACUUGAAAAAUAACACAAUAUGGGCACCCAAGGUCUGUGAUGCAGAUGCCCCUGAAGACCAGUGUACAGUAACUCGGACUUACCUAUUCCUUCACAAAUUUUGGUUCUUCAGCGUUGCAUAUUAUUUUGGCAACUGGGCUUUUAUUGCAGUCUUCUUAAUUGGAUUAAUUGUGUCAUGUUGCAAAGGAAAAAAAUCUGUCAUUGAAGGUGAAGUGGAUGAAGAUGAUUCGGACACAAGUGACGAUGAACCAUCUCUCUAUUACGGUUGACAGCACAUAAUCCUGAAGUAAAGCACACAAUGUAAAACUGUGAAAAUGCUAUUUUCAGUUGGAUGUUGCUCCUGGAAAAAAAAAAAAGCAUUUGCCAAUGUUAAGGGGUAUAAGUAAUGUAAAGCAGAAUUGGGAAUUUGAGCAUCUUAUUGUCUUAUAGUUAAUCUAAUAUGUACAUAUAUAGUCACAAAAGAGCUAAUUUUAUGAAGGAAAGAUUAAAGAGUACUAUAUUUUGAAUGUAUACUUUGAUGCUGUGAUGUUAUUUAAGUUACCUUUCAGUUGGACUAGUUUUAAAUUAUAUCAUGCCAGAUUCCCUUUUUACAGUGUUAAAAAGAAUGGGUGUAAUCAUACUUGUGUCUUACAAAAAUCAGAAGUUUAACAUUGCCAGUGCUUAUUGAUAUACAACCAGUGUCAAAAAUACACAUGACAGUAACUGUAAGUAAUACUUAAGCUGUAAGAAAUGUUAGAUGGAAAAUGCUUUCCACUCCAAUUUUAUAUGCAAGUGCAGCGCAAUUGGGAAGCUGCACUUAGAUUUGCAUAAUGCUUCCUCUGUCUUCCAGCCAUAGAUGGAAUAUAACCACACUGAAGAAUCCCAAAUAGCUUUGAACAUGGUUUUUCCCAUAGGUCAGCCAUACAGAACAUGCUUAUUGUAUGGUUAAGAGGAUCCUGAUUCAAAUAAAUACAGGAACCUUCUUAUGUGCACUUUAGCUAUGGCUUAUUUUAGAUUUGAUGGGACAUAAAAAAAAGACAAGAGAAGAAGUCCAUUGACUUGUCAUACAUUGUGAGACAUGUGGUGGGGACUGGAGUAUUGCCUGGAAAGAAUCACAGUCCAGAUCCCUGUCAAAAGAGUACAGUAUAAAGGAAAACAGUUUCUCUUCUUCCUCCAAUUUGAAACUAAUUCCCCGAAGCCCAGGCCAGCAUGUCUAGUGCUCAGGAACUCUAGGAGUUGUCGUCCAACAUUUGGGGACCUAUUCUUGAAAAUCACUGGUCUAAAUUAACAGUACGCAAAUUGUUAAAAAUAUAUUGACUAUUAAUCACAUAAGUUAGCUACUGUUUCAUGUUAGUGUAACUCAGCUUAAAAAUACCAAAUAUUUUGAGUUGAUUAUUUUUUUAAAAAAAGCAGUUGCAAUCUGUAUCCAUUUUCAUUUUGUUCAAAGUUAUAACUAAAUGUAAUAUAUAGAUAUUUAAAACCAUGCAAGAUUUUUCUGUCUCAUUUUGUAAAAUAAACUGAUCAGGAUCUUGA